AUGGAGUCUGAUUCUACUUCGACCUUAACAGAUGAAUCCGUAGCGAUAUUAGAAAAUGAAACAACUGUUUUAUUUGAUCAAGAUUGCCACGUUUCAUUGAAUCCAAUCGUGGAUGAGUCACUCUCAACACUAACACCUAAAUCACAGAUAGACACGAGCAGUAAUGAUAUUUCUUUCAAACCUCACACGUACGGAAAAAGACAUUCCAUCUUGGGGACUGGUAAAAGCAAUAUAUCUGCCUUUAGAAAGCCGGAUUUGGCGGAACUUAAAGAAAAAUAUAACAGAGCAAAGGAAAAAUUCAAAGAGUGGAAUCUGGAUAAGUUGUGGGGAGGCCGAGUCGAAAGAAUGAAGAGAGUAUCCUCUGUUUCGCUUUCAAGUAUCGUAACCGCGGCGUUUUGGAUCCGUGAAGGUGUUCCCAAGACGCCAUGUGAGGUUUGUAAAAAAAUAAUAAAUUUCGAGGGUAUUUCGAUUGAUUGUCGUAAAAAAUUACUCCCAAAAGCCAACCAGAUUAUGUUGCAUUAUUGCAACAUAAUCAUAAAAUCCCAUCCGUGCGACCAUUUAUUUAUCAUUCUAUCCAUUUGAUCAUCAUUUCUGUAUUUUACAUAUCGCCCUACCAAACUCACGAAAAUUUCAAACGAGAAAGUGACUUUUUCGCAGAGAGCAGCAUCGAUUCCAGAGAUAGACGACAUGGAGGUUUACUUCAAGAGAGAGUACCAGAACCCAUCUGGAAGUUUUUAUGACAGAGGAGCUCGCUAUGCAUUACUCCGACUGCAUCAGGUAAGAAAUCAUGGUGCAGCUCAUUAUUAUCUUGGGAGAGUAUAAGUAAUUAUUUGCAUAAGUCGAGCGAAGUCGCUGCUUAUGUAACUUGGAAAAUCUAGCAGAAAAUUUUCAAGGUUUCAUUUUCAGUCCUUUUUAAUCAUCUUCAUUUUCGGAGACAUCCAAAUCAAUUUGCUCGUGUGAACGGAUAUGGAGUUUUUGUAUGCAUUCACGUUCAUAUGCUACGGUGUAUGAUAUCUUGUAUUUGCAUAAUUUCGUAAAUUCCUUUGAGUAGUUUCACACGGCGCUAAUCAUGAAGUCAAAUAUUUCAACGUCACUCCUUCAAAUACGAAUCGAUGGCAUAUACGAAUUGCAACCGGCCACUCUGUAUCAUUUCAUGAAAGUAAGGCUUGAACAAGUCAUUAUAAUUCGUCCCCCAUUACGUCCAUAACUUUCAUGAAAAAGAAAAUGAUCUCGCAUUCCUUCCCAUGACAGCAAGCUGUUGAGUUAACUGUGGAUGUCAUUAAUCGACAGAGUCAAAAGAGAUCUGGAGUCAUCGCCACCUCAUCUGGUAACCAUGCCAUCGCUAUUGCCUAUCACGGGAAAUCCCUCGGGAUGCCUGUUACGGUUCUUUUACCAGAAAGUAGAUGUCCUGUUAAAAUCAGGUUGUGCGAGAAAUAUGACGCUGACAUCACUGAAUGUGGUCUGGACGAGAGUGAGGUCAAUAUAUUCAUUAUACUUUCGAUAACUGUAUUUCUGGAGGCUGACUCAGCAGCCAUGUAAUUAAAACCAACACACAUUUAAUAUCACGUCCAAGUUGCCACUAGUAAUGAAGCCAUCAAGUGUCAAAUAAAACUUGUAAUAUAAAUCUUUUAAUGCUCUAAUAUUUGCGCUAUCUAAUACCUCUUCCUAAUAUAACUGAAACAGUUUUAAAAACACCCUAGUGAUUAGCUACACGUUUCUUAUUUGGAUUUCAUGAAACUAGGAUCGAUAGACCGAACGCUACCCGAAUUUUAAUUGUCUUUUACUCACUUUGAUUUCUAUUUUUUGUUUUAGCUGCUGGAGAGAGGUACGAAAAUCGGAAUUGAGAAGGGACUUAUUUCUCUCGAUGAGUAAGCGUAUUCCAUGGUUUGUCUGAACUUUUUCAUGUCCUAUGGGAUCCUACUCAAACAUGCCCAUCUUUCAAAUUCAACAUCAAGAGAUAUAUUUUUGUAAAAAUUCCGUUUAGGAAAAAUAUGUAUUAAAGUUAUUAAAUGAACCACAUAAUUUGGCUAAAAAAUUAAAGCUUCGAUUCUUUUUAACAAUUCCAAAGUGGUAACAAAUUUACGCGAACGAAAGCCCAAGAACAACUAAAACUCGACGAAGAAAAACAAAAAGUACGCGAAAAUGUCCACGUCGGUUUUCCAAUCUCAAGGUUAGGGUUCUUUGACGUGAUUGGCUAAUUUGUGAAAUGACGCACACCGCGCGUGAAUGCAAAAGAAUACAAGGAGUGGAGAGGAAGAGAAAAAUGGUUACUUAAAAUUUAAAAACCAAAGAGAUUUUCUAAAAUUUUUUUGCUAUAUCGGCACUAAAGCAACAAGAUAGUGAAGAACAAGAGCCUAAAUCGUGGGUAGGAUGUUCAUUUUUCGAUGCAUGAGUCGAGGACCACAAUACAAGGGAAAAAAAUCUAAUUAAUGGUCAUAAGAUUUGCAAAUUUCCAGAUACAUUUACAUUAGCCGGAUACCUUAUUGGUGACUAGAUCCCACAAAAAUAUAAAAUGAUACUUUAGUAAAUGUACGGUCAUCCUUUCAUCGUAAAUCAAGUUUAUAUCAGUCACCUAUUAUAAGGAAUUAGGUGUAAGGGUUGUUUGUUACUUGCACUGAAAUAGAAUUGAUAUUACUCAUCUUGAAUGUUAGUUAUUUUUUAUACACUCAGAAACGACAACCCUGAUAUUGUGAGCGGACAAGGUACUAUGGGAUUAGAGAUUGUGGAUCAGCUAGAAGGAGUAGAUGCUAUCAUCAUUCCCGUUGGAGGAGGGACCCUAAUUGCUGGGACUUGUAUAGCUGUCAAAACGCUUUACCCUUCUGUAAAAAUCAUAGUAAGCGUUCAUAUUUUUUUAAAAAUGAUUCUAGUUGUAUGUGGUCUACGGUUUUCCUUACGUAAAUUUAUUUUGCCAUAUUACCUAAAACUUUUGUGUGACAUAGAGAUACCGAGAUUGACUUUAUUCUGAAUGUGUCCGUUUUCUAGUUAGUCUCUAAGAGUAAGUGUUUAAACGCAUAUCGCCUCAGCUUUUCCUUACCUCCCUUCAAUUCUUUUAAUUUACGACUUGGUUAAUAAUAAAAUCAAACAUUUUAUACGGGUAACAAGCAUUCUCUGGUUUGAUAUAAGGAAUGAUAAUCUUUUUAUGCACUCAGGAAAACGCUGAGGAAAACAUGUAUUAACUGACCCUGAAACGUGACUAAGUUGUGUUUGUUAUCAGGCAGUAACAAGGGAACGGAGCCUAGAUGUGGCUAUGGCACACCACGAAGGAAACGCAACGAAAACAGCUGUAUUAUCUAAAGACUUGAUAAAGGUGGACGGUAAGUUAUUUCAGUGUGAACAUACUCCCUCCAGAAACCUCAUAUAACAUUUUCAAUUCAUCUCUUCCCACUAAAGAAGCAGGCCAUCACGAUUUAUGGACCUUCAACAAACUGGGCAGUUUAACAUCUCGAUGUUUAGGUGCAGUGCGUCAGCAAGAUCAAUUAAAUGGCGCUCUAACUUAAAUUGUUAUAAUUAUUAUGGUUUUGAUAUUCUGAACACCCUCAAUUGCAGAUAUGGAUAGUAGUGAGAUUAGCAGCAGUCCUCUCAGACUCGCCGAGGAUUUAAUGGACAAAUGCAUCACUGUAAAGUAUGUUCACAGGCAGAUUUAGAUUACGAAGUUCAUGCGAAACGAAGCAUCUGAAUCAAUGUCACCGUCAAAGAUGAUCGUGAGACUGUCGUAAUGAUAACAAAAGUUUUCAUGCCAGAACUGUUGUUUGGUCUAAGAUAGCCAUGUUUGUGAUGAGUCAGUUAGCAUUUUUAUGAGGAUUGCCUCACUUCUAUAUCAACCACAUAGAGAUGCUUUAGCGAGAAUGAUAAUCGCUCUGUGAGCGGUUUGAAAGGAGGUUCUUUCCAUUCAGAAGAGAACCUUGAUUUCUAAGAAAAAGUAAUAUUGUGUGACUGUAUUUCCCUUUCAGAGAAGAUCUAAUAGCAUUAGCUGUGCUGAGAUUGUUGGAGUAUGAGAAAGUCAUCUUAGAAGCAGACGGUGCAAUAGGGCUGGCGGCUCUUCUAGGAGGGCAUCUUCCUGAACUUAAAGGAAAACGGUACGGCAAAAUGAAAAAAGAAAUUAUAUGAAAACUAAUAUGACGCUGCUCAUUACUGAUACAUGCCAAACAAUUGGAAAUAAAGUGCAUGGCAUUUUUUAUAAACGCCAGCAAGAGAAAAGUAGAUAGUAACGUUAACCUAUCAGACAAUAGAAACCGUAACAACGCACAUGAAAUAUCUCUAUCGCUCCAAAAAAAUAAUAAAUAAAUAAAAUAUUUUAAAAAAUAGAUAGAUAAAUGAACGGCCAUUAUGCACGAAUCCUGACAUCCUCAUCCUAAUUGGCUUAGUCCCAUAGUUGUAAAGGCACAUUUUAAUCUAACACACUUUUCGAUCAUUGAUUCAUUUCGUUCAUCUUCUGAAAACAAGAUGGAAACUUUUCCUUCACUCGGUAGGUGUCAUUUGAUUGUCGAAGCUAAAAUAAAAAGCACUCUAAGAUAUUCAAAGACUUAACUUUAUCAAUGACGUUAAUUGCAACCACCACCUCCUUUUAAUUGUAAUAUUUUUUCCUCAGGGUGGUAGUUGUCCUUACUGAGGCAAACAUAGAGCCAGCUCUUCUUCCGCAGGUGAUUGCCCGCGGGCUCGCGACGGAUGGAAGACUGUUACGGUUUGCAGUUCGGAUCGAUGACCGGCUUGCUACCAUGGCAACGCUUUUGCGGUUAAUUGCAUCAACAGGAGCAGUGUAA